AAGGCAUCUGGACUGUGCUCACCGUCUUGUCUCUCGUCGUACGUCUCCCUUGCAUAGCUUUAUACUAUCUCCCGAAUCGCUGUCGCCCGCAUCCUCGAUGGACUUAUCGCCAAGCUUUCGGGAGGGCCAUCUUGAGGCUGUGGUUUAAAUAUGCUUCCAGCGUCCAUUUUCGCACGCCUAAAUCACUCAAUUCCAGGGACGAGAAGGAACGAUUUGUCAUCAUGAGCCCCCCAAAAGUUACAAAAGACCUCCAGGAAUUCUUUUAUGGCGCCGCAGAAAGUCCGACGGUCAAGCCAGUCGCUGUAGGAGGUGUAUGGUACCCGUCUCUCUAUUCGGUCGAAUCAGACUCGAACAAGAAAGUCAUACUGCACUUUCAUGGAGGAGCUUACGUCCUUGGUGGUGCAAGGCAAUCUGAGUGCGGUUUCGGUGCUGACAUCCUCGUCAAAACACAUUCCGCUAUGGUAUUUUGUCCUCAAUACCGUCUCGCUUGCUAUGACAACGGGCAAUUUCCUGCUGCCCUUCAAGAUGCAUUGAUUUCCUACAAGUAUCUGCUAGACCAAGGAAUUCCUGCUUCGCGCAUUGUCGUUUCUGGUGAUUCUGCAGGAGGAAACUUGGCUCUAGCUCUGUUACGGUACCUCUCGGACCAGAACGAUAGUCAUCAAUUACCUCUUCCUUCUGCUGUGUUACUUUGGGGUCCGUGGCUAGACCUAUCAGUCGACCCGGAAAGCAUUGAUCGGAACAAGAACAGCGCAACUGACUACAUUACGUCCUCUCUCGCAAGAUGGGGAGUUGAAUCGUUUGUCCCGCUAUCGAUGUCAUCAUCACAUCCUUACAUUUCACCUGCAAGGAACGUGUUCUCUACAAACUGUCCUAUCUUUAUACAAGUCGGAGGUGGGGAAAUUCUGCACGACGAAAUUGUCACGUUUGCGGACAAGAUGAAGGAGUCUCGGGGAAACAGGAUUGAGUUGCAUGAUACGCCGUUUGCACCGCAUGAUAUUUUGCUCUGCGGGGAGCUUUUGGGGUGGGAAAAAGAGGCAGAGCAGGCUGCUCAAGCCUCGCGCGUUUUUCUCGAAAGCCAAGGAAUCUGAAAAUGGGGAAUCGCGGUUGUUUUUCAUACUCCGUACAAUCAUAUAUUGUCUCAACAAAUUCCUCGACGAAAGUUCCUAUAUGCUGACUACCUUACGAG